AUGGCUGACGCAGAGACCUCCGAGGCUGACGUGGCAAAGAAUCGGCAGCUGAUAGAAGCGUCGCGCGAGGGCGAUUUAACUACAGUGCUGCGACUCAUCAAUAUAGAGCACUCCUCCCCAAUCCUCUCAUACUCAGCACUUUCAAAUCCUCUCCCGCUUUCCCUUAACGUCUCCCCUCCUCUUCCCCACCUUCCUCCUCAAACCACCCCCACUCCGCCUCCCCUCCCGCCUCCCCCCCUCCCUCCCUUCUCACCCUCCCCCUAUCUCCCCAUUCCCGCUUCCCCCGGCCCCAUUUCUCCCCUAUGUCCCCUUUUACCCCCUCAUUUUCCCCCCUCCCUCCAUGCCCUCCUUCUUCGUCACUCCUCUUCCCGCCCUCUCUUCCCACACGUCCCCUCCCCCCCCACCCAAAACCCGUCUUCCCAAACCCCCAGAGAAGGCUCUGACGUGGCGUAUGCUGACAUGGACGCGCAGGGGAAGACAGCCCUGAUGGCGGCGGCGGAAGGGGGGAGGGCGGAGGUGGUGCGGGCGCUACUGGGGGAAGGGGCGGUGUGGAACGCGGUGGAUAUGGGGGGAAAGAGCGCAGGGGACUAUGCAAUGGAGGGGGUGGUGGCGUGGGGGGAGGGGGCAGAAGGGGAAGGGGAGGAGGAGAAAAACGAAGAGGAGAAAACUAGACGACAAGAGGUGUUGGAUACACUGAUUGAUGCUGGCAUCAAAACAGAGCUCAUUCUGGGCGCAGCCAGUAGGAACCUGACACGUGGCAGCACAGCAGCAGGAGCAGCGGAGCAGUUAGCACCUGCCCCAAAUGCAGCCUACCUGUCAGAGCGCCUGCAGCUGUCUGAAAGCCGAUUGGUGGACGGGGAGGGGGGUGGUGUGAUGAUGAAGUGGGAGGGGGCGCUCAUGCAAGCACACGCGCAAGCCAUCUGCCAACAGGGAGGGGAUAUUCUCAACAUUGGGUUUGGCAUGGGACUAAUCGACACAGCCACUGUGGCUGCCACUGCUGUUACAAACCGCCGUGCGGCUCUCUCAACCUCUUCCAACCGCUCCCAACCUCUCUGUUUACUUCUCCCUCCGUCUCUCUCACUCCAGGGAGGGGACAUUCUCAAUAUUGGCUUUGGCAUGGGUAUAAUAGACACCGCCAUUGCAGCUCGCAUCGGCCAAUCGGAGGGCGGCAUUCGAUCGCACACUAUAGUGGAAGCGCAUCCGGACGUUAUAGCGAGGAUGAAGGGGGAGGGGUGGCAUGAGAAGGAGGGAGUGAGGGUGGUGGAGGGGAGAUGGCAGGACGUGUUACCACAACUGGGCCAAUACGAUGAAUACUAUGAAGAUCUGCGAGAAUUCCACUCCCACCUCCCGCACCUCCUCAAGCCCAGCGGGCUCUACUCUUUCUUCAACGGCAUGUGUGGCGACAACGCCUUCUUCCACACCGUCUACUGCCACAUAGUGGCCCUGGAGCUGCAGCAGCACGUGGGGCUGACCACUCAGUUCAUCCCGCUGCCAGUCAUCCGGUGCCUGGAUGGAGACACGUGGGCGGGGGUGCGGCAUAGGUACUGGCAGCUGGAUGCUUAUCACCUGCCUGUUUGCUACCGUGAUGAGACAGAGGAGGGGGAGGAGGAGAAGGAACAGGAGGGAGUGGAGGGGGAGGAGGCAUAG